AUGAAUUUUUCUAAUGAUAAUCCUUUGAGUAGCUUUAAAGCAGAUGAUGAAGAGGAAUAAAUCAUAAAAAAUAAAGCUGAUUAUUAUAAUAAAAGUAAAGAACUCGAUAAAGUGUAUAUUAUUUAUAAUUUUAAAAAAGAGAAUUAGUUCAUGAUGCCCUUUAGAACAUAUUUAUUUUGAUUCGUAGCUAACAGCCAUAUAUUAAAUUUCGACAGCACAUUUGUUUUUGA